UUCUUCGGAUUUGCCCCGAGGGUUUUCCGAGCCUUUGUCACGUAAAAUCACUGUCCCCUUAAUCAGCCCCCCCUCUGUACGUGCCUCUGUGGCACCCCCCUCCGGAGAGUCUAUUGAUCGGCGAUUCGACACCAACAACCAAAAAACCCAUCCAUCCCUCUGCUUCCUUUUCCCCCAUACCCCUUUCCCAACCAUGGCAUCAGCUCUCCUGUCCACCGCCUUCAGGGCUGGCCGCUUCAGCCUGGCUCGCCAGGCUGUUCGUCCUCUUGCCACUGCUGCUGCCACCCACGUCUCUGGCACCCGUAUUACCGCGCUCAAGAACGGCUUGACUGUCGCCACAGAGUCCAACCCCUCGGCCCAGACCGCUACCGUCGGUGUCUUCAUUGAUGCUGGUUCCCGCGCUGAGAAUGCCAAGAACAACGGCGCUGCCCACUUUUUGGAGCAUAUGGCCUUUAAGGGUACCGCUACCCGUGGCCAGCACGAUCUCGAGAUCCAGAUUGAGAACAUGGGCGCCCACUUGAACGCCUACACCUCCCGCGAGCAGACUGUCUACUACGCCAAAUCCCUCAAGACUGACAUCUCAAAGUCCGUCGAAAUCAUCUCCGACAUCCUUCAGAACUCGACCUUGAACGGCGAAGCCAUCGAGCGUGAGCGCGAUGUUAUCCUUCGCGAGCAGCAGGAGGUCGACAAGCAGAUGGAGGAGGUCGUCUUUGAUCAUUUGCACGCCACUGCCUUCCAGGGUGAGGCCCUCGGACGCACUAUCUUGGGACCCAAGGAGAACAUCAAGUCAUUGACCCGCGACGACCUCGCCAACUACAUCAAGACCAACUACACUGCUGACCGCAUGGUCCUUGUCGGUGCCGGUGGUGUCGACCACGAUGCCUUGGUCCAGUUGGCUGAGCAGCACUUCAACAAGCUCCCCGUCUCUCCCCACCCCGCUGGUUUGGGCAAGACCUAUUCCUUCCCUCCCAACUUCACUGGAUCGGAGAUCCGUCUUCAGGACGACCUCAUGCCCCAGGCCCACAUUGCUAUCGCUGUCGAGGGCUGCGGCUGGACCUCGCCUGACUACUAUACCAUGCUUGUGAUGCAGUCGAUCAUCGGUACCUGGGACCGCUCCCUCGGCGCCUCUGCUGACGCCUCGUCUAGACUCUCGGGCCUUGUCCACAAGUACAAGUUGGCGAACUCGUUCAUGUCCUUCAACACUUCGUACACCGACACUGGUCUCUUUGGAAUCUACUUCAUCACCGAGAACAAGGAUCAGCAGGACGAUUUGGUCCACUUUGCGCAGAAGGAGUGGGCUCGCUUGACCACCUCGGUCACCACCGCUGAGGUCGAGCGUGCCAAGCAGCAGCUCAAGUCGUCGCUUCUCCUUUCCUUGGACGGAACGACCGCCAUUGCUGAGGAUAUCGGUCGCCAGUUGGUCACGACCGGCAAGCGCACCUCGCCCCAGGAGGUCGAGAAGCUGAUCAACAAGAUCACGGCUGCGGAUGUGCACCGCGUGGCUUCCCAGUACCUCUGGGACCGUGAGGUCGCCAUGGUCGGCAUUGGUCCUAUCGAGUGCUUGCCCGAUUAUGCUCGCGUCCGCGGCAACAUGUCCUGGAACCGCUUCUAAAUUACUCUUUUUUCUUCCCUUUUUUUUAUUUUUUUUUUUGUCGAUCUCCUUACUACUUUGUCAUCCUUCUCCCCAUCCCUCAUCUUCGUGUGAUUACAUAAAAAGAAAGAAAGAAAGAAAAAAGACAGUGCAUCACUGCAGAACAAAAUAUAUGCCCACUCCAUGCCCCAGCAUCACGACC